CAUUUCUAUUUAGAAUAUAUUUCAUAUUUAUUAUUCUAUAAAUAUUCAUUACUAUAAUAAUCAUUAAUAGAAUAAUCAUUCUCCAAUUUUCAUUCAAAUCGACUAAUAAUUAAUACUAACCCAGUAUAUUUUCCACAUUCAUAGGAGUCAUUUAUGUUUCUGCUUUACGAAUAUGAUAUUUUUUGGGCAUUUCUAAUAAUAUCAAGCUUUAUUCCUAUUUUGGCAUUUCUAAUUUCUGGAAUUUUAGCCCCGAUUAGCAAAAGACCAGAGAAACUUUCUAGUUAUGAAUCGGGAAUAGAACCAAUAGGCGAUUCCUGGUUACAAUUUCGAAUCCGUUAUUAUAUGUUUGCUCUCGUUUUUGUUGUUUUUGAUGUUGAAACAGUUUUUCUUUAUCCAUGGGCAAUGAGUUUCGAUGUAUUAGGAGUAUCCGUAUUUAUAGAAGCUUUCAUAUUCGUGCUUAUCCUAAUUGUUGGUUCAGUUUAUGCAUGGCGAAAGGGGGCAUUAGAAUGGUCUUAAUUCUUGACUAUUUAGACAAUAAAAAAAAACAUUGAGACAGUUAUGAAUUCCAUUGAGUUUCCCUUACUUGAUCGAACAACCAAAAAUUCAGUUAUUUCAACUACAUUAAAUGAUCUUUCAAAUUGGUCAAGACUAUCCAGUUUAUGGCCGCUUCUUUAUGGUACCAGUUGUUGUUUCAUUGAAUUUGCUUCAUUAAUAGGAUCACGAUUCGACUUUGAUCGUUAUGGAUUAGUACCACGAUCGAGUCCUAGACAGGCAGACUUAAUUUUAACAGCGGGCACAGUAACUAUGAAAAUGGCUCCCUCUUUAGUUCGAUUAUACGAGCAAAUGCCCGAACCAAAAUAUGUUAUUGCUAUGGGAGCCUGUACAAUUACGGGGGGGAUGUUCAGUACUGAUUCUUAUAGUACUGUUCGGGGCGUGGAUAAGCUAAUUCCUGUAGAUGUGUAUUUGCCAGGCUGUCCACCUAAACCAGAAGCCAUUAUAGAUGCUAUAACAAAACUUCGUAAGAAAAUAUCUCGAGAAAUCUAUGAAGAUAAAAUGAGUUCUCAACGAGAGAAUAGGUCACCAGGGGGACUGUUAGCUAGUGUGUAUCAUCUUACGAGAAUAGAAUAUGGUAUAAAUCAACCCGAAGAGAUAUGCAUAAAAGUAUUUGUUGCAAGAAAAAAUCCUAGAAUUCCUUCGAUUUUCUGGGUUUGGAAAAGUGCGGAUUUUCAAGAAAAGGAAUCUUAUGAUAUGUUGGGAAUCUCUUAUGAUAAUCAUCCGCGUCUGAAACGUAUUUUAAUGCCCGAAAGUUGGCUAGGAUGGCCUUUACGUAAAGAUUAUAUCGCCCCAAAUUUUUAUGAAAUACAAGAUGCUCACUAAAUAAGAAAAAUAAAAAACCAAUCCGCACUUCUACAACCCCCGAUAUUCCUUGAAUUGAAUAUCUGUACAUUCUUUUUAUGGAUCAGACAAAGUAAUUGAACUUAAACCAGAAAGAAUAAUUGAGGUCUCAUUCAUAUAUUAUUAUGGAUGUGAUAAAUCACAAAAUUCAUAAAAAAGACAAUAUAAUGUAGGGAUUAAAAAAAAUUUUGGUAGGGGUUCUUUGAGAUUCGAAAAAGGAACCGAUACUUAUUUCGAUUUCGGAUGAGCGAAACCAAUAGGAUGAACUUCAAAAGUUCUACAUCAUGAACUAUGUAACGUGCACAUCAACUUCAAUUAUAUGGCCACGAAAAAGAAAAAGUAAGAUCAAAGGAGAUAAAGAAAAUACAAAUUUCAAAGAAAAUAUAAAGAAGUGAGCCCGAUUCUAUUUGUAAUGCAUCUGAGAUGAAUUUUGACUAUUACCACCCCCUCCCCCCGAACUUCCCUAGACUAGACUUUUUGGUUUUUCAACCAACUAAUUUAACCAUUCAAAUAUUAUUGAAAUAAUAAAUUUUUUUUAGAGCGCAGAAAAAAAGGAAACAAAAUCGAAAAAUUUCUUUUAUUUUUUUACAUACUAAAAUUUUUUUACACUAUAUAUAUAUAUAUAUACAGAGAAUAUACUAUAUACAGAGAAUAUACCCAGAACAUACAUGUAUUCUUGAAUCAUCUAGAAAAGAGUAUAUCUCCAGACACCUAGAUAGAUAAAAUAAAUAGAUAUAUGAUGAUCUAGAGCAUAUAUUUGUAUGAGUAUGUGCCAGGAACCAGAUUUGAACUGGUGACACGAGGAUUUUCAGUCCUCUGCUCUACCAGCUGAGCUAUCCCGACCAUUCUUGACGCAUCAGCUUCAUUUUUAUUUUAUGAGAUUACUGGAGUCUAUGUCAACUAAAUCAAAAAA